AUGGACCACUAAGGUGUGGAGGUGAGGUAUGGAGCGUGGUUUGAUGGGAUAUGCAGCAGCACCUUGUUACCCGAGCCGCAGGCGAGGCAGCCCGGGACUGUAACAGUGCUCCUGUUGGUGGCACUGUCUGCAGCUCUCCCGUAGCUGUCCGUGGCGCUGCCCCCGGCUGUACACCGUGCCCGGUCCUUGUCCGCUUCCCCGGGCCUCGGGCCCUUUGUACCUCCUUCAAUAAACCGCGUUCCGCCGCCCCUGCUGCGUCGCUAUUGGCUGGAACGGUACGGCCACCGCCAAUCACAGCGGGGGGCCCAGGAAGUGCCCUUGCCUGUUGGGCUGAGCAUAAUGGCGGCUCCGCUGCGCGGACGGCUGCGGGCGCUGGCGCUGGGAGGCUGCGCGGUGCUCCUGGGAUCGGCGGUGGUGGCAGGCGACGAGCGGCUGUACGCGGCGGCGGUGAUGCCCGUGCUCCGGGCGCUGCCCCCUGAGGCCGCCCACGGCCUGGCUUUGCGCGCCGCCGCCCUCGGGCUGCUGCUCCCCGCCCGUCCCGACGGCCCCGCGCUGGAGGUGCGAGUCCUCGGGCAGCGAUUCCGCAACCCAUUGGGCCUGGCUGCUGGCUUCGACAAGCAGUGUGAGGCUGUGGAUGGGCUGUACAAAAUGGGCUUUGGCUUUGUGGAAGUGGGGACAGUCACACCCGAGCCCCAGGAAGGGAACCCCAAGCCCAGGGUCUUCCGGCUGGCAGAGGACGAGGCAGUCAUCAACAGGUAUGGAUUCAAUAGCCAUGGCCGUGUGGUGGUGGAGAGCAGGCUGCGAGCCCGUCAGGAGACACAGAUCAGGCUCACUGCUGCUGGGAUGCCUCUUGGAGUCAACCUGGGCAAGAACAAGAGCUCUUCUGAUGCUGCAGCUGACUAUGUGGCUGGGGUCCGGACACUGGGCCCUUUGGCUGACUACCUUGUUGUGAAUGUGUCCAGCCCAAACACCCCAGGGCUGCGGGACCUGCAGGGCAAGGCUGAGCUGCGGGACCUGCUGAGUAAGGUGCUGGUGGAGAGGGACCUGCUGCCCUGCAAGCGUAAGCCAGCUGUGCUGGUGAAGAUUGCUCCUGACCUCACUGCACAGGACAAGCAGGACAUCGCCAGUGUUGUCUGUGAGCUAGGUGUGGAUGGGCUGAUAAUCAGCAACACUACCAUGAGACGCCCCAGCAGCCUCCGGAGCAGGCAGCGCGUGGAGCCGGGGGGCCUCAGUGGGAAGCCCCUGCGGGAGCUCUCCACACAGACCAUCAGGGAGAUGUAUGCUCUCACUCAAGGCCGGGUGCCCAUUAUCGGUGUGGGUGGGGUGAGCAGUGGGCAAGAUGCCCUGGAGAAGAUCCGUGCUGGAGCCUCGCUUGUGCAGCUGUACACAGCACUUGUGUACCAUGGGCCACCUGUGGUGGGGGCAGUGAAGCGGGAACUGGAGGAGCUGCUCAGGGAGCAGGGCUUCAGGAAUGUCAUGGAGGCAGUUGGAGCAGAUCACCGCUGCUGACAUGCUGCACAGUGAAGGUCUAGCCAGGAGGAGCCAUGACUGACCAGGGAUGGAUGUGACAAUUCCAGUGCUGGGCAGACUGGGGCUGAGGCGAGGUGUUGGUUCCAGCCCCUGGGAAGGGUCUGAUGGGUGGAGCAGGGGCUGCACUGGGGGGCAGCAGGUGACAGGGCCUUCACAACAGUGCUGCUUUUCUGGACUGUGUUUUGGCUUCCUGUGGGUAGCACAACUGUCAAUAAACAUUUGGCUCUCCUGGUCCUGUGUGCUGCUCAGGGAACACCCCAUGGGCUGGAGUGAUACAGCGUAGCUCUCCUCAGAUGAGCAGAAUCAGCUCUCCAUAUUGCUCCCACUUUUCCUGGUGGGAGAAGCCACUUGGAGUUGUGCAGUGGAGUGACAAGUGCACCAGGCCUCCCCGGGCAGAGACUUCUGCCUGAGGCCAGGCCCUAGAGGGGGAGGGAAGUCAGUGAUGGUACCAGUGAUGGGUGCCAGUACAUAGCUGUUUGAAGAUGACUGCAGUCAUGCCCUGUCAGUUGUGGAAAGGCCCUGAUCAAAGGUGCUUAUGUCUUUGGUUUUGUCUGGUGCUGACUUUCCUUCACCCCGAACUCACUGCAUCUUGGGCUUUUCCUGAGCAACAGCUUGCCCUGCACAAAGCAUUCCCUGAGCAACCUCUCACAAUCCACCCUGCAGAGCAGGACUGCACAACAACACUUCACCAAAAUUGUUUACAACUGCUGGGAAAUUCCUAACAUGCUGGCUUCCUUGGCAGCUUCCUGCGCGCCUUUGCCAGGCUGAUGCUAAGCAAGAUGGGGCUUUUUGUGCUCUUCCUGCUGGGAAUUGUGCUGGCUGCAGGCACCAGGGUCAGAUCUGGAGUUCAUGGGCUGCACCAGGGCAAAAGAGGUGCUAAUAAAAGGGGUGAAGAGAAAGCCCCACACAGGAAGGGCCUGCUGGAGGCUGCUAUGAGCAUGGGGUGAGAACACAGAUAUGUCUCUGGAUGUGCCCAGUGCUGUGUUUGUCCUUGUGUGGCUUAAGACCUGGCCCUACAGAGGACCAGUGUUGUGCCUGAAAGCAGCUGGGUCCCAAAACUGCAGCCUUGACCUGUGUAGCAGCAGGGGCCAGGUCUGACUCACGGCUGUCUUGAUAGGCAGCCCUGGGGCAUGGAGUUGCCCCUUUUUCCUACCGGGACAGGCCAUGAGCCCAGCCACGCCCCAGGUGCCGGUGGAGCCCACAGCAGAGAACAAAGAGUAGGAGCGUAGGGCUGUCCUGUCACGGCGGCCACCCACUCCUGUCCCGUCCGCCCGGGACUCCGCCCUGCGCGCCCGUGACCCUGCGGAGGUCGCGUCCGCCGGAAG